AUGGUCCCAGCCCGGCCCGGCCGCAACCCGGAACCUCCACGUCGGCACCGCGGGACCGCCCCGGAAGCGGCACCGCUUCCGCAGCGUCACUUCCGCCGGAUCGCGGAAGUGGAGCGGCCGCGGGCGGCGAUGGCGGCGGGGCCGGGCCGGGAUUCCCCGGGAAUGGCCCGGAGCUCCCCAGGAACGGCCUGGAAUUCCCUGGGAACGCUCCGCAGCUCCUUGGGCGUGCUCCGCGCGCUGCUCGUGGCCGCGCUGGCGGCGGGUUCCUGCCAGGGGAACUCGGUGCACAGGAAGAUUUACAUCACCCUGAACCACACGGCGCCCUGCGUGCGCCUGCUCAACGCCACGCACCAGAUCGGCUGCCAGUCCUCGCUGAGCGGGGACACGGGCGUGAUCCACGUGGUGGAGAAGGAGCAGGACCUGGAGUGGGCCCUGGCCAAGGGCCCCCACCCACCCUACAUGGUGCUGCUGGACGGGCACCUCUUCUCCAGGGAGGUUUUGAUGCAGCUGAAAGGAAGCUCCCGGAUCUCAGGCCUGGCCGUGGCCGCUGCCUCUCCCGCCCCUUCCCAAGGAUUUUCCCCGGGACUGAAGUGUCCCAACGAUGGAUUUGGAGUUUACUCCGACACCUACGGCCCCCAGUUUGCUCACUGCAACGGCUCCCAGUGGAACCCGGGCGGCUCGGGGCUCUCCUACGAGGAUUUCCCCUUCCCCAUCUUCCUGCUGCAGGAUGCCAACGAGACCCAGCUCAUCAAAGAGUGUUUCCAGGCCCACAACGUGCCGCCCUCGCCCGGCUCGGUGCCGCAGUUCCCGCUCUGCGCCAUGCAGCUGCAGGCACACAUGCAUGCUGCGGCCAGCACCGUCACCUGCAUGCGCCGCAGCUCGCUGCAGAGCGCCUUCAGCAUCAACCCAGAGAUCGUGUGUGACCCCCUGCUGGAUUACAACGUCUGGAGCUCCCUGCAGCCCAUCAACGCCUCGGGGCGGCUGCAGCCCGAGCAGCAGCUGGUCCUGGCGGCCACCAGGGUGGACAGCCACUCGUUUUUCUGGAACGUGGCCCCGGGGGCCGAGGCCGCCGUCGGUUCCUUCGUGGCGCUGCUGGCGGCUGCCCAGGCCCUGCAGGCGGCCCCGGGCUCCCAGAGCCUGCCCAGGAACGUCCUCUUCGUCUUCUUCCAGGGGGAGACCUUCGAUUACAUCGGCAGCUCCCGCCUGGUGUUUGACAUGGAGCAGGAGAAGUUCCCGGUGCGCCUGGAGAACAUCGGCGCCUUCCUGGAGCUGGGCCAGGUGUCCCUGCGGAACAGCUCCGUGCUCUGGAUGCACACGGAUCCCGUCUCCCGCCGGAACGAAUCCGUGGAAUCCCAGGUGCAGGAGAUCCUGGCCGUGCUCCGGAGCAGCGGCGCCGGCUCCGGGCUUUCCCUGCAGGAGCCGGGCGUGUCCCAGCCCCUCCCCCCCUCGUCAUUCCAGAGGUUCCUGAGAUCCCGGAGCAUCCCGGGGGUGGUGCUGAGCGACCACCGGGCCGCCUUCCGCAACAGGUACUUCCAGAGCAUCUACGACACGGCCGAGAGCAUCGGGCUGCGUUACCCCGAGGGGCUGAGCCCCGAGCAGCAGCUGCACUUCGUCACCGGCACCGCCCAGGCCCUGGCCGAGGUGGCCACGCUGGUGGCCCGGGCUCUGUUCACCCUGGCCGGGGGAAAAUCCGGCACCGAGAGCAUCCAGGCGGAUCCCGGAACGGUCACGCGGCUGCUCUACGGAUUCCUGCUCAACUCCAACAACUCCUGGUUCCAGUCCCUGAUCAAACCCGACCAGAAGGGAAUCCUGGGCCCUUUCCCGCAGCACUACGUGGCCGUCUCCAGCCCCACCAACACCACGCAGCUGCUGCAGGCGGUGCUGGGCAACCUGACCGGGGCCAGCGUCAACCUGAGCCGGGAGCAGUGCCAGAGCCCCGGGAAGAGCCCGGGAACCCAGCCCGAGCUGUUCGAGUACUGGUGGGUGCAGGGCCCCCUGGAGGGCAAUUCCAGCUCGCGCCUGCCCGGCUGUGUCCGCUCCGGCGUCCGUCUGUCCCCCGCGCUGUCCCCGGCCUUCGAGCUGCGCCGCUGGGACUCGCCGGAAUUCUCCACCUGGACCGAGAGCCGCUGGAAGGACAUCCGGGCCCGCAUCUUCCUGGUGGCCAGCCGGGAGCUGGAGCUCCUGACCCUGGCCCUGGGGGUGCUGGUGCUGCUCCUGUCCCUGCUCUGCACCUUCCUCAUCAACUCCAAGGCCGCGCUGCUCUUCGGCCUCCCGGCCCCGCCCGGCCCCUCCGGCUACUGAAAACCCGGGAAAACCUGGGAAAAACCCGGGAAAAACCCGGGAAAACCUGGGAAAACCCGGGAAAAACCCUGGGAAACCCGGGAAAACCCGGGAAAAACCCCUGGGAGACCCGGGAAAACCUCUGGGAAAUCCGGGAAAAACCCCUGGUAAAUCCAGGAACACCUCUGGAAAACCCAGGAACACCCCUGGGAAAUCUGGGAAAACCCCUGGAAAACCCAGGAAAACCCUGGGAAAUCCAGGGAAACCUCCUGGAAAACCAGGAAAAACCCCUGGGAAAUCCGAGAACACCUCUGGAAAAUCCAGGAACACCUCUGGAAAAUCCAGGAAAAACCCCUGGAAAACCCGGGAAAACCCCUGGAAAAUCCAGGGAAACCUCCUGGAAGGGGCCUGGAAAAGCCUCGGCAGGGAAUUCCCCCAGAGCUGGGAAUGCCAGAGGUGUUCCCGGGAAAUCCGGAAUUCCGGGUGGGAUCCAUGCCCUGGGGGGAGAAUUCCCAGAAUUUCAGGUGGGGUCUGCUGCUGGGGGGGGGAAAUGCCCAAAAUUCCCGGUUGGAUUCGAUGCCCCGAGUGAAGAAUUCCCGGAAUUCCCAUUUGGAUUUGAUGUCCCAAGUGAAGAAUUCCUGGAAUUCCUGCUUGCCGGAGUGGCAAAUUCCUGGGAUUUCUGGAUGGAUCCGGUGCCCUGAGUGGGGAAUUCCCAAAAUAUUCCCAGAAUUCCCAAUUGGACCCAUCCUGUUUCCCGGGGUGGAGCUUUUCCCAAAGUCCAGAUAAAGGAAGGAUGAAGGGGGGAUUUCUGGGAAUUGUGAGGAUUCCAACGGGUCUGGGAAUGUCCCGAUGGAAAAGGUCCCUUUUUUCCCUGGGAUUUGUAAAUAUUAUAAAUAAACCCUUGGAAUUCCCAAGGAA